AUGAAAGUCCACACUAACGUACUUAAGAAUAUUUUAACUGGGUUGGAUAACGAUAUAGAUAGGGUCAAAUUACGUUAUCUAUUGAUUCAAAGUAAGAAAAUUGCACAAUUUCAACAGAAAGUAACUUUAAUUAGAGAUCUACUUGAGGAGAUUCUAGAACAAGAUGAUGAAUUGAACCAACUUUAUUUAACUGAUGUUAAUAAUGGUGAAGGAAGAAUAGGAACCAAUCACACCGAGAUUGAAAUGCUUUUAGAAUCAUACUAUAAGACCUGUGAUGAGAUUGUUCAAACUUCAGAAGAUCUAAGAUCACAAAUUAAAACCACCGAGGAAAUAAUCAACAUAGUCUUGGAUUCAAACAGGAAUGAGUUGAUGUUAUUAGGUUUAAAAUUUAGUACUGGGUUGUUAUCUAUGGGUAUUGCAUUAUUUGUUGCUGCUUUAUACGGUAUGAAUCUUGAGAAUUUAAUUGAAGAGACUGAUGGUGGGUUUGAGAUUGUUGUUGGUGGGUCUAUGUUAUUGUUAAUCUUGUUACUAGGAUUUAGUGUUAAACAAUUGAAGAAGGUGGAGAAGAUUACCAUGACUAGAAUAAGACCAAAAUAG